CUUACCAUCACGAUCACAUGAGUAAGGCGAUGAGAUGACAGUGCCGAGUAUUGUCACAGAUGAUGGUGAAGGGACUAGGCACAUCAUAACGAACGAGCGGAACACUGCGGUAUACCAAUUCAGCAUCGAAACAGCAUCUGAAUCGUUGACAGAUUUGGAUCUGCACAUUGUACCUAUUAAUUCAACCAAAGAGCACGUACAGACAACUGCAACUGCAUCACCACAUACACCCGCAAAAUGGAUUCGGAAGAGGAUAUUGACGGAAAAUGAUGAAAUUGUUGACCAGGUCAUCGAUGUGGAGAAAAGGAGGAUAUGUUGGACAAGUCACAGACCGACAAGAGGAUGGUAUCAGUACUUACGAUCGCCAAUGCUACCACCAAAUGUCCGAAUACCCCUUCAACCGCCAAAAGGGAUCGUCAAAAGCGUUGUGGGAAGUACACCUUUAUCAUUGACGAUCAGUACGCGCCUUCAACUUUCGCAAUUGGAUCAACUUCACCACAGGAUUGAUUGUCCCGAUAUGGAUCAGAAAGGAGGUGAAAGCGGUAGUACGUCAAAUGCAGACUUUACAACGGUAAAUCUAAGUGGGAAUCAUUCCACCCAUGCACUCAACGCUACGACACAGUCGUCUGCCAUACGUUCAACCGGAGUAGAAAACAGUUCCACCUCUCAAUCAGGACACGCACGACGUAGAAGUACAGGUAACUCGAUCUCUCACUCGGGCAAACGUAGCGUUUCUAAUCCAUCUUCAACGCCCGUUGUACCGGAAGAAGAAGCAUCUGAAGAUCUAAGUCAAUCAUCAAUCAUGGUAGAGGAACAAGAUCCUGAUCAAUUCGAAACAAUGGAUGGCUGUCAAAGUGAAGUGAGACCGUGCACUUUUGUCUUGACUGAUGAAUUGGCCGCCGUCAUGCAAACGCCAGCUAAAGUACAAACGUCUUCAUCGCCUGGCUGGGCUAGAUGGGCCUGGAGUAUGCUGCCUGAUAUGGUCCGACCGGCUUUACGCCUUGAUGGGUCUAAAUCCUUCAGCAUCGUCUGGGUUAACGCUCCCAGCACUUCAACGCGGGCCAGCCAAGCUGUUGAGGUCCUUCGAUUUGAAGACCAGUCAGGCCUUCUAAGCUGGAAAGGACAAAGAAUAGGUCGAUUGCUGAUACAAAAGCAUGCCGUUCAAGCACUCAAUUUGGAUCUCGGCCUUUGGAUUGCGCUCGCUUUGGCUUAUCUAGAAUUUUUAGAGGAACGGGAUGGUUAUCAUGCAUCAUCGGAUGGAUGAUGGGUUUCUGGUCGGUGUAGGAUAUCUCGUCACGCAAUACAGCAUCUUGUACUUUACACAAUAUAACAAUUUAUAGAUUUCAAGCU